AUGGCAGAGCCUGAAACACUGAGAAACUCACCUACUGUCACCACUACCAAGGUGCAAGCAACCAAAGGUCCUACGGUUAGAAGAUUUGUUGGAGUCAGGCAAAGGCCAUCAGGAAGAUGGGUAGCUGAGAUAAAGGAUUCAUCUCAACGUGUAAGGUUAUGGUUAGGAACAUAUGAUACGCCUGAGGAGGCAGCUAGAGCCUAUGAUGAAGCUGCUCGGGCCCUGCGUGGAGAAAAUGCAAGAACCAACUUUGAAUCGGUUAAUCCAAACUUGAACCAAUCUGGAUCAUCCCCUAGUUCAAACGGUGGGCUCAAUAUGUCAGAGUCAGAUGAGAGGCACGGUCUUAGCUUCUCUUCAUUAAAGGCUAAAUUGAGCAAGAAUCUACAAAGUAUCAUGGCUAGGACAACAGAGAAUAAGUCAACCAAAAAUAGAGUGAGUGACCACUUUACUUUUGCUAAUAUAUUCCACUUUAGGGGCCAUCAAUACCAAAACCCAGUGGAUAUGAAGAGCAUCGAGAAAGUUGUGCAGCCAAGCAUCAUUGUGCCCCAUGUAUCAGAUCAUAAGCCUUCUUAUUCCUGGGAAACUUCUUGUGUUUCAGAUUGUAGCAAUGAAUGGAUUGGAUUCAGGCAGCAUGGGUUUGAUUCAGAUGGAUCUGAUAUUGGAGAAGUACUCAGCACUGUUAAUGCUGAUCAGAUGAUAGGUUGGGUUGAUAGCCCAGAUAUCGAUACUUGUUGUGGAGAUCCUUGUUCAAGGAGUAAGAGGUUAAAGGUUUCGUCUUCUGUUGUGGUUCCUCCUACCUUCAGUGGGUCUCCAUCCUUUUGUGCUUCUCCUUCCUUUAGUGGGUCGCCAUCCUUCUGUGCUUCUCCUUCCUUUAGUGGGUCUCCUCCGUUUUGUGGCUCUCCAUUUCAUGGUGAGAACUAA